AUGGCUGUGCUUGUAAAAUGGCCCUGGUUAGGUGUCGCCAUUCCCUGUUUUCUCAUUAGUUUCACGGGAUAUUUCGCUCAUUUCUUUGUUCUAACCAACUUUCUGAGCUUCAAAGAACUACUAUGGUUCCAAGUUAGCCUCUCUAUGAUAUGGAUAUCGUACUGGAAAGCUAUAUAUAAAAAUCCAGGGAGACCUACUAAAGGAUUCCGACCUUUGAGAUAUGAAUGGCAAAAUUACUGUACCAAAUGCGAAACCUAUAAGCCAGAACGUACACACCAUUGCAAAAGAUGCAACCAGUGUGUAUUAGUCAUGGAUCACCAUUGCCCUUGGACGAUGAAUUGUGUGGGUUACAAAAACUUUCCCCAUUUCAUUCGAUUUUUGUUCUGGAUCAUAGCAACAACUGGAAUCUUAUUACAUUAUUUCGUGAAGCGCAUCAAAUUUACCUGGGUAAACAGAUAUGCAACGGCAAACCUGGUUUCAAAGCAGGAAUUGAUAUUUCUGACUAUUUUAACUCCCCUUGAUGCGUUUAUUCUAUUGACAAUUUCUUUAUUGUUUGUGAGAUGUGUCAAAAACCAAAUAGUAAACGGAAGGACCCAAAUUGAAGCGUGGGAAAUGGAUAGAAUCGAAAAUUUAUUCUAUCAUCAGCGCCUGCUUCCCCAACUCUUGACUAAUUUAAAAGAGAUUUAUCCUGGAUCAUUAGAGGGACAGGAAAAGGAGGUAGAAGAAUUUCUUUCAAGUUCAACAUGCUCUUUUGAUGAAGUUAUCAAUUUUCCGUAUGAUAUAAAUCCUUGGGUAAACUUGCUCAAUUGUAUGGGCUCACCACUUAAUUGGCUCAAUCCAUUUGGUGGCCCCAAAGCAGAUGGCAUGGUUUUCCAGAAAAAUGAGAUCUCAGAUUAUGAUGAAGCUACCUCUAUACAGGACAAGUUGUUGGCGCUGCCUUGGCCUCCAGACGACACUAGACAUGGGAUAGCGUUUCCUUCAGUCUCACAUGUUGAAAAAGACACACAAGGUGGAGAACAGGUUGUCCGAAGAAGACAUGUACCUAUCGCUGUCCCUCCUAGAAAUGAAUGGUAUAACGAUUGGGGAGAAAGCUUGGAGCACUUUGGUGUUGAUGUUGAAGUCGAGUAA